AUGGAGAGGAAGAUACCAUCACGUUACCACGAGCUUUACCGGCUCCACAGGUUUAUGGAUAAAACUACUUUGAAGUAUCUUUCUAUUGAGAAACUUCAUGAACUGGGGAUCGAAGCUACGCAGGUUGAGCUCCUGAAAGGUGACAAACUUCAAUUUAACCCUAGUUUUUUCGAGCCUCAGCAUCAUAAUCUUCAUCAGACAUAUCCUCUGCUGGAUAAGACCAAGAAAAUUCUCUGGCAGGAGCCCGGCGAAUUUGUGGCUUGGAUCAAACACGAGCUAAAGAAUAAGCCAGUCACGGAAUUCCAUAUCAAGAGCCUUCUGAUCGCCCAGGAUCAUGAAGAGAUGUUUCUCUGCGUCGCACAAUAUGACGAGGACUACGUGAAGUUCCUCACCGAUUGCGACGACUUGAUCGACGGUUUCUUGGAGAUUCAAGAAUAUGGACCGUGGUUCAUUCACAGCGCAACACACAUGGAGGAGCUGGCCACUUUUAUCUACUCAUAUUGCCAGGCUGUCACCGAUCAUAUCAAUAAGAGUGACUCAUGA